AUAAAAGGAAAGUGAAGUGAGGAAAAGGGGGAGAGCGAGAGCGAUAGGUGGGGGUCGUCUCUGUGUUAAAAGGUAAAACCCUAAAAGCCCAAGAAAGGAAGAGAACCCAUUCUUUUAUCACCACUAAUUUGUCUGUGACUGUCAGAAUCCGUAGUGAGUAGCGCCAAAUCGAAACGAUGAGCCGAUACGAUAGCCGUUCCGGCGACCCCACUUCUUAUCGUGACCGGAGAAGUGACUCAGGUUUUGGUGGGGCUUCGGGCUAUACUGGCUCAGCGCGGUCCUCAGCCGAGAGGAGGGACUAUAGCCGCGCUGACUCACCGAGGAAAUCUGAUUUGGAUGGGUUGACUCCAUUUGAGAAGAAUUUCUACAUUGAGUCACCAUCAGUGGCGGCAAUGUCAGAGAGGGAGGUUGAGGAGUACAGGCAACGGAGAGAAAUUACUGUAGAGGGCCGUGAUGUUCCAAAACCUGUCAAGAGUUUUCGCGACACAGGGUUUCCGGAUUAUGUUUUGCAAGAAAUAACAAAAGCUGGCUUUGUCGAACCUACUCCUAUACAAGCUCAAGGGUGGCCAAUGGCUUUGAAGGGUCGUGACCUCAUUGGUAUCGCUGAAACAGGAUCAGGGAAGACCCUUGCCUACUUAUUGCCUGCAAUUGUCCAUGUUAAUGCCCAGCCAAUUUUAGCGCCUGGGGAUGGUCCAAUUGUUUUAGUUUUAGCUCCUACGCGGGAACUUGCUGUUCAGAUACAACAAGAAGCUGCAAAAUUUGGUGCAUCAUCAAGAAUAAAAAAUACAUGCAUAUAUGGUGGUGUUCCAAAGGGACCUCAGGUGCGCGAUCUCCAGAAAGGAGUUGAAAUUGUUAUUGCUACACCAGGAAGGUUGAUUGAUAUGUUGGAAUCACAUCAUACAAAUUUGCGGAGGGUUACUUACUUAGUGUUGGAUGAGGCAGAUCGGAUGCUAGACAUGGGAUUUGAGCCUCAGAUACGCAAAAUUGUUUCUCAGAUUCGCGCAGAUCGUCAAACUUUGUACUGGAGUGCCACUUGGCCUAAAGAGGUCGAACAACUGGCAAGGCAAUUUCUUUACAACCCAUAUAAAGUGAUAAUAGGAUCUGCAGAUUUAAAAGCUAAUCAUGCAAUACGCCAACACGUUGACAUUGUUUCUGAAAAUCAGAAAUAUAACAAGCUGGUGAAGUUGCUGGAGGAUAUCAUGGAUGGCAGCCGUAUUCUUAUUUUUAUGGAUACUAAGAAGGGUUGUGACCAGAUCACUCGGCAGCUUCGCAUGGAUGGUUGGCCUGCUCUCUCAAUUCAUGGAGACAAAAGUCAAGCAGAAAGGGAUUGGGUCCUCUCAGAAUUUAAAGCUGGCAAAAGUCCCAUAAUGACUGCAACAGAUGUUGCUGCACGUGGAUUAGAUGUGAAGGAUGUAAAAUAUGUGAUCAAUUAUGAUUUUCCUGGAUCCCUUGAGGAUUAUGUUCACCGAAUUGGUCGGACUGGAAGAGCUGGAGCAAAAGGAACAGCCUACACUUUCUUCACAGCUGGGAAUGCCAGAUUUGCAAAGGAACUUAUCACUAUACUUGAGGAAGCUAGGCAGAGGGUCAGUCCAGAAUUGGCUGCAAUGGGUCGUGGUGCCCCUCCUCCACCGUCAGGUCAUGGGGGUUUCCGAGAUCGUGGGAGGGGUUAUGGUGGUGGCCGUUCCUGGAGCUGAUUGGCAAACUCAUAGCUCGUGUCGAGGGAAAACUUCAUGACUACAGCAUAGAGAUCUAGAUGUCCUGCAAAUCAACUUUGUCAUCUUUUAUCAGUUAUUUAAUUUCAUUGGUUUACGUGCCUACAAAUAUAGGGCAAGUAGUUCUGUAAGUUAACUUCUUGAACUGUCACCAAAUGAUAUUAAAUAUGUACUAUAGUGUUGAAAGUUUCAUGUUCUCUCUCAUUAACAAUACAAACACAAACUUCGGUCUUAAAA